AACUCAUUCAAUUAUCAAUCAACUUUCAAGUUACGAGUUCAUACGAACUAGUUCUUUGUGCAAGCUUCUGUUGACAGUGCUCCAGGAGUUUCACGUGUCUCUUAUCAACUAGAGAACGCGUCUAGUUGUGGCGAGCUUCUACCCAAUAGCGAUUGGCCUUAUUCACGAGUGGGUGAUUGUUUGAUUGGUUUCAUAUACCAAUUGGCCCUUCACACGAGUUGGAAUCUGUUUGAUCGUGUUCCAUAUCUAUCCUUUAUUUUCAAGUUGUCAAGAAAAGCUUCGAAAAUUCCGUAAAAAGAAGGAAGGCUGCGUACUUUGGUCAUAUAAUCCGAGUUCGAGGGUUCUCUUCGGAUUUGGAUCAUAUCAAGUGGUAUCAGAGCCUGGUUCAAACUCAGUGGCAAAUUUGAAGAUUACCGGUUCAAACUCAUCGGCAAAAAAAGAGGUAUUUUAGUUUCUGUACUUUUAUUUAUUGUAAGAGGUAUUUCCAGAAAAGCCAAACAAAAACAUUGAAAAAGGCAGAUUGAGAAAAAAAAAUACAAAUCAGAAAAAAACACAAAAAAAGAAUUAUUGUUUUUUUUCUUUUCGUUUACGUCAAGCAUUCUUGAGGUAGAAUUGUGUUUUGUCUUACGUGAGCUUGUCAUUGGAACAAAAAAAAAGGUAACGAGAAAAAAAAAUCUUUCUUUAGUUUACGUGAGUAGAUAGACUAAUAAAAAAGAGUUGUGUUUUAUUUUUUUUAAUUUUCGUGUACUGUUCACGUGAAAAAAAAAACAAAAAAAAAUUUGUCUUACAGCCACAAAGCUGUACGUAUGGGAAGGAAAAAAAAAAAAUUUUUGUUUUUGUUAGCUCUUGAAAGGCAACAAUGGAGCAAAAUCAACGAUUCACGGAGAGUAUGAAGCAAAUGCUCCAGACGACGGAAGUUAUUCUUCAAGGGUUAAAGGGGAAUAAUGCGCCAGCAACAAUAAUCCAACCUGAAGCUCAUUUGACGAUAGGGAGUCCAAAGUCAAAGCAAGAUCUCGAGCAAAGGGAGAAUAAAUUUCAAACGAGAUGCUUAGUGGAUGGUAAACUACUAUCGGUUUUGAUUGAUGGAAAGAGUUGCACUAAUUUGGUGAGUGAAUAUUCGGUGAAGAAAUUGGGUUUAAACACAUUAAAACAUCCAAAACCCUACACUCUUCAAUGGCUUAAUGAAGAUGGAUCAAUUGAGGUCACCAAGCAAGCCAUAUUGAAGUUUGAGAUUGGACGCUAUAAAGAUGAAGUCCUUUGUGAUGUGGUGCCAAUGGAAGAGGCUCAUGUUUUGCUUGAAAGACCAUGGCAGUUUGAUCGAAAUGGACAACAAGAUGAAGUCACCAAGAAGUACAAGUGCUCACAUAGAGGUCAGAAGUUCGUAUUGAAGCCUUUAUCUCCCAAAGAAAUCUAUGAGGAUCAACUUCAAAUGCAACAGAAUUUGAAGAAGGAGAAAGAGUUUCAAUCCAAAGUCGAAGAGGAAGUCAAAGAAGACGUGGAAGAGAAAGAAGAGGUUCUUGUUGAUGGACUUACUAUAGUCACUUGUGAAGAGGAUUCACAAGCUUUGAUUUCAUCUCGAGAAGAACCAAAACUUGAAGUAGAAGAGAAAGUCGAAGAAGAGGCAGAAGAGGUGAAAGAAGAAAUUCUUGUUGAUAUUCCAGAUUUGAGUGCGCAAGAAGUUAAACAGUACAUUAAGGAGUCAGAAUUCAAGGGUGGAGAUGAAUGCUUGAAAAUUAUGGAGCAUUCACCAAUAGUUCUCGAAGUUUCCCAUAUUGAUUUUGUGAUUGGUGAUGCAAUGUUAGAAGAGGCAGCUCGCCGGGAGAAUCAACAAGAAAUUCAGCGUUACGUAGAGAGCUUUCAUCACAAUGGUAUCUAUGCAAUUCGUGGACCAAUUGUUCUUAAGAAGGGGGGAAUAAUGCGAUCCUCACCAAUACAAUUUCGUUGGAAGAGCAAGAAGAGUGGUGCUGAUUGGAGAUCAAAGUUCUAUAAAGAUUUGAGGUCGAAUCUUCUUCAAGAGAGAGGGAAUGAUGCGACCUCACUCACCCCGCAUGAUGUCACUCGAGCUCAAACUAGAUAUCUACAUGGACCAUGGUUCAAGAGACGAUUUAAGAGGUUUAAAGAGAGCUUGGAAGCAUUCAAGGUGGAAGAAAAGGUCAUUGCAAGCAAGGCCUACGAGUUUGUUGAAGUGAAAUCAAUUGGCAGAAUAUAUAAUUCUCGUGGUCCAAAGAUGAAGGCCCGAGUACGACGAUACAAGGAUCAAAUGGGAUCAUUCUUGAUGGACGUGGACUUGCUAGAAGGAAAGUCCAUCACAUUGCUACGAUUUAUGGACUAGAAUGGAGAGAAGAUGGGCAUGGUAGAAGGAAAGAUCUCCCAUGGUGUGAACCAAGGUGUGAAAGGAAUACAAGUGUGAAAGGAAUAUCAUGUGUGAACACAAACCAUGUGAGGGAGGAUUGCAAGGCUAGAAUCUAGGGAGUUGUUGACCAAGUCUUUUACUUGUCUUUUAAGGAUUGUGUUUUCCUUUUACUUGUCAUUUAAGGAUUGUGUUUUUUCCUUUUACUUGUAAGAUUUGUUUUUCAUUUUAAGAUUUGGAUUAGUGUUAGCUAGUCUAUAAAUAAGAGGCUGAGUUCCUCAUUGUAACUCAUUCAAUUAUCAAUCAACUUUCAAGUUACAAGUUCAUACGAACUAGUUCUUUGUGCAAGCUUCUGUUGACAGUGCUCCAGGAGUUUCACGUGUCUCUUAUUAACUAGAGAACGCGUCUAGUUGUGGCGAGCUUCUACCCAAUAGCGAUUGGCCUUAUUCACGAGUGGGUGAUUGUUUGAUUGGUUUCAUAUACCAAUUGACCCUUCACACGAGUUGGAAUCUGUUUGAUCGUGUUCCAUAUCUAUCCUUUAUUUUCAAGUUGUCAAGAAAAGCUUCGAAAAUUCCGUAAAAAGAAGGAAGGCUGCGUACUUUGGUCAUAUAAUCCGAGUUCGAGGGUUCUCCUCGGAUUUGGAUCAUAUCAAAAUCUAUUUUUGAACCUCUUCCAAAAUCUCGAGUUAUUGGGAUAUUGGUUCCUGCGGUAUCAGGAUGAUGUUGAUUCCAUUUGUUUGUAGUUAUCUUUGCCAUUCAUAGGAGUAGGAAGUUUUUUUCAUCAAAAUCAAAUAAAUUGCUCUUAGAAUG